AGGCGUUCGGGAACUGCCUCGGUAGGGCUCGGCUCGGCUCGGCUUGGCUUGGUUUGUAGCUCGGGUGGGGGUGGGCGGCUAGGGUGACAGCGGCGGUAGCAGAGGCUGCGGCGCGGGGCUGAGCAAGCGGCGAGCGCGGUGCCGGUAAGAGGAGGAAGUGGAGCGGCCCCCCGGAGCUCCGGAGUCCGCUGCCGGGCAGGUCCGCCCAGAUUUGCAGAGUAAGCCGCGUCGGGACCUGGGCAGACUUCUUCGUCUUGCUCCGGCCGCUGGCGCCCCGCCUGCCCUGCCCUGCCCUGCCCUGCUUGUCCGAGCCCCGCAUUCCGCGCCUGUACUUUCUCAGCCCUGUGGUCCGAACCUGCUGGGACGUUCGAGCCCCGGCCUUGAUCCGGAGCUCCGAGACGGGACGUUCUCUGCCCCAUCAUACUGACCCAUCUCUGCCGGAGUGUCCUCCGCCCCCGGGUCCGCGCAAGGUGGCCCGGUCUCUCGGACUUAAGUGUAAAGGAGCCGGGACACCCACCGGCCUCCAGCUCCCGGAAAACCAAAUCUUCAGCUGCCUUGGACCGAACUGCUCCGGACUUGAAACUGUACUGGCGCCGCCCGGGUCCAGCGCACAGUGAGGGGUCCCAAGCUGGCAGGACAGUCGAACUGAACCCCUGGACUGGUGCUGCGAACCGAAGCUGCCACCUUUCUCCGCCCUAGGCAAAGGAUUUGGAGGUGCUUGCCCCAAGGCGAACACAGGGGUUUCUCCUGCCACAGUCUCCAGAGAGCCGAGGUUGCAGAGAGGUAGCAUUUCCACACUCUUCAUCCACCGACAACAGGUGACACCACUGGAGACUGGGCUGUGGAGGAAACAUACGGACCACAGCUCUUCGACUGAAGUGACAUCACCAUCUCUCAGGACAGGACACCCCUGGAGUGCAGCCCCUAGCCACCGGAUCUUCUUCCAGCACCAGCCAGUGGCCUCCAUGGGCGCUUGAGGGCCAGGCACCAGGGCUGCGGGCACGAGCAUGGUGAGACACCAGCCCCUGCAGUACUACGAGCCCCAACUGUGCCUCUCGUGCCUCACCGGCAUCUAUGGCUGCCGCUGGAAGCGCUACCAACGCUCACACGAUGACACCACUCCGUGGGAACGCCUGUGGUUCCUGCUCCUUGUCUGCACCUUCAGCCUCACGCUCACCUGGCUCUACUUCUGGUGGGGAGUCCACAACGACUACGAUGAGUUCAACUGGUACCUCUACAACCGCAUGGGCUACUGGAGCGACUGGUCUGUGCCCAUCCUGGUGACCACAGCUGCGGCCUUCACAUACAUUGCAGGCCUCCUGGUCCUGGCACUAUGUCACAUCGCUGUGGGGCAGCAGAUGAACCUGCACUGGAUACACAAGAUGGGGCUGGUGGUCAUCCUGGCCUCCACGGUGGUGGCCAUGUCUGCAGUGGCCCAGCUAUGGGAGGAUGAGUGGGAGGUGCUGCUGAUCUCCCUGCAGGGCACAGCACCAUUCCUGCAUAUAGGGGCCCUGGUGGCCAUCACUGCGCUCUCUUGGAUCGUGGCCGGACAGUUCGCCCGUGCAGAGCGCUCUUCCUCUCAGCUUACAAUUCUUUGUACCUUCUUCGCCGUGGUCUUCACCUUCUACCUGAUCCCUCUCACCAUCUCCUCUCCCUGCAUCAUGGAGAAAAAAGACCUGGGCCCCAAACCUGCCCUCAUCGGCCACCGAGGGGCUCCCAUGCUGGCUCCAGAGCACACGCUGAUGUCCUUCCGGAAGGCCCUGGAGCAGAAGCUGUACGGGCUGCAAGCUGACAUCACCAUCAGCCUGGAUGGUGUGCCCUUUCUCAUGCAUGACACUACCCUGAGGCGGACCACCAAUGUGGAGCAGGUGUUCCCGGAGCUUGCCCGAAGGCCUGCUGCCAUGCUCAACUGGACUGCUCUGCAGAGGCUCAAUGCCGGCCAAUGGUUCCUCAAGACUGACCCCUUCUGGACAGCCAGCUCCCUGUCACCCUCUGACCACAGGGAGGUUGAGAACCAGUCCAUCUGCAGCCUGGCAGAGCUCCUGGAGCUAGCCAAAGGCAACGCUACUUUGCUGCUCAACCUUCGGGACCCACCCCGUGAUCACCCGUACCGCGGCAGCUUCCUCAACAUCACACUGGAGGCCGUGCUCCGUUCAGGCUUCCCACAGCACCAGGUCAUGUGGCUGUUUAACAGGCAGAGGCCUUUGGUACGGAAGAUGGCUCCUGGCUUCCAGCAAACAUCUGGGUCUAAAGAAGCCAUCGCCAGCCUACGGAGAGGUCACAUCCAGAAGCUCAACCUCCGCUAUACUCAGGUGUCCCACCAGGAGCUCAGGGACUAUGCAUCCUGGAACCUGAGUGUAAACCUCUACACUGUCAAUGCUCCGUGGCUCUUCUCCCUGCUGUGGUGUGCCGGGGUCCCCUCUGUCACUUCCGACAACUCCCAUACCCUUUCUCGGGUGCCUUCUCCACUCUGGAUCAUGCCCCCAGACGAGUACUGCCUCAUGUGGGUCACUGCCGACCUGAUCUCCUUCAGCCUCAUCAUCGGCAUCUUCGUGCUCCAGAACUAUCACUUGAUCAGGUGGCGCCUGGGUGGUAUACGGAGUUACAACCCAGAGCAGAUCAUGCUGAGUGCCGCCGUACGCCGGACCAGCCGGGAUGUCAGCAUCAUGAAAGAGAAACUCAUCUUCUCAGAGAUCAGUGAUGGUGUGGAAGUCUCUGAUGAGCUCUCCGUAUGUUCAGACAGCAGUUACGACACCUAUGCCAACAGCACAGUCACCCCCAUGGGCCCUCGAAGUGCUGGCAGCUGUGCCAAGACCUUCACAGAGCAGGGUGGCCAUUAGCUGAAGAUCUGUCUACCCAACUUGUACCCAAGGUAGAAUCUAGAAGAGAGGAAGGACUGACGACAGAAACGGCACCGCGGGUGCCUGGGAGCUGGCACCCACUUGCGUGCUCCCAGCUCUUUUGUCUGUUCCAGCCUCUCUUGCAUGAGUGGUGGGGACCAGGGGAGCCCUCUCCACUGAGGCUGGACCAGGACUCCAGCCUCUCAGAUGCCCCUGCAGGCCUGGGGCUUUUCAUCCAGGAAGUGAGGGCCUGCUCUCCACUCAGUCAUCUUGGCCUCCCAGCCUGGAAGGUUUGGUGAGUCACUGGGCUGUGCCAUGUGCCCAUGCAAGUGGAGGACGUGGAUGUCUCCCUGUGCCCACACCUAUUUAUCUGUCUGUGCUGUGAGAUGACUAACUGUUCUCACCCCUGCCUGCCUGGGGGCUCUACUCUUGGCACCUAUCUCAAAGCACAAGGAAGUUCAUCUCAGGAGAAACCAGUGGCUGCGGUGGAGACAUGUUCCUCCCAACUAGCUUCCCUCCACCCCUGGCCUCUCUGUCCCUGAGAAGCAGCUAAAGAUGACCAGAACCACAUGCUCAGGGCUGUUCUGCCUCACACCCAGUUGUCCAGCAGGGGCAGAAGAAGCCUUGAGGACCAGGUGAACGACAGACUGAUAUGACCUCAGGUUCCCACCGCAGGGGCCACAGGGCAAUGGGCCACCUGGGCAAAGCGCUCUGGGCUCAGUCAAGCAUGGGCCUCUGGCCAAAGUUGCCUAUAGUAGAAGGAACCUAAGGGCAAAAACAAUUAAAUCUGCCAUCGUGA